GGGUGCUGGAGAAAGAUCAUUGUGGAUGACACUAUGCCUUUCAAUGAAGAGGAUAAUUUGUUACUACCAGCUACAACCUGUCAAACUGAACUUUGGCCAAUGUUGCUGUCCAAAGCUAUCAUUAAGCUGGCAAAUACUAGUGUACAUGAAACUGGAAAAAGAGAGCUGGAGGAAUUUACAGUUCUACAUACACUGACUGGAUGGAUACCAGAAGUUAUUCCUCUCCAGCCUGGAUACUUGGACAAAGUCUGGAGCUUCUUGAAAGAGACUAUGCCAGAAUUCAAGUUGCCAAAUAACAAAACUCCAGAACUUGAUAUUCCAGAGUCAGCUACAAAGCCUAAAGAGACCAAAGUCUCAGAGUUAAAAAAUGGAGUUUCAUCUGUGAAUAAGCAGUCAGAUAAACCUGAGAAAGGAGAGAAAACUGAUAAAAUUGGCAAAGAACAGAGAGAAAUUGGAAAGAAGAAAAGCCGAGAAGGAGAGAAAGAAAAAAACAAGUUUGCAGUUCAACCUUCACAAAUGCUGGCAGAAGCCCAGCAUUCUCUUCAGGCCUUCACUGAAAAAUCCUCUGUGCCAACCCAGCCGGAAAUGGCUGUGUAUGCUAGCUGUACACCACUACAUUUGUUUGAAGAGGAUAUUUUUUCAUUAGGGCAGAUGGCUGAUUCUUCAGAGAAGCUGAGGCAAUAUGGGCUUUCCCACAUCUAUAGCCACCCUGUCCUGAUCACUAGAACGAGGUCCUGUCCUCUGGUAGCACCGCCACAACCACCACCAGUUCCUCGUUGGAAGCUUUUCCGUCAGAAAAAGGAAACUGUUGUGACAUCUGAACCUCAAGAGCCUGUGGUAAAGAAACAUGAAGAACAUGUUGAGAUUGCUAGCCUAUUUUUGAAUUACAAAUUGAAUCUUAUCACAAUACCCACAGAUAUCCACUUUCCACAGCGUACCAUCAAAAAAGGAUUUCAUUCCCUAUCCUGUCUCCCUUCUGUUACUGAAAGUGAUGAAAAUAUAAAUGACAGUAAUGUGGAUAUGAAUCAAAGUGGGAGACACUCAAAUGCAGAAGAUCAUUCCCAGGAGACCAUCCUCUUUCGGCAGCAAAAUGCAGAGAGAUUCAAUAACGAAAAAUUAAAUGAAAAUAUCAGUUUUAAUGCAAAACGAAUGUCAGAAACAGCUGAUACUGGUAUGAACAGCCAGAGAGUGGAUAAAUCAAAGGAAGAAAUGGCGUCAGAAAGGACUUCUGUUUCCAGGGAAACCUGGAUUAGUUUUGAAGACUUCUGUGUUUGUUUCCAGAACCUGUAUGUUUUCCACAAGCCACAUACAUAUGCUUAUAACUAUCAGAAGACGGAUUUUAAGUCUACUGAUGACCGAGUCUCCUAUUAUUUACUUGUGGACAGCCUGAUGCCCACUGAAAUCCUGGUUAGCUUUUCUGCAUUAGUACACUGGGAUGAUACUGGAGGUACUAAACGAGAAUGUUCUAGUAUUUCAAAGGGUGUGCUGAUGGUUGAACAUUUCUCUUGGAAAUGUGUGACUCCCGGAGAACUUCUGUUAAAGAUGCAUACAUCUGCAACCAAAGCUACUGUGUUAAAUCUUCCUGUUGGGCGACACAUAUUGCUCUUCACAGUAAGUUCUCCCAUAGGGCACCAUAUUCAUCUGUGUAGCAUGGUGCCAUGUGUCUUUGGAGAAGAGGAUACUGUGAUGCCAGGUCUUGAAAAGGAGAGCAACCGGUUUAUAGAACAGGCUACAGCUAUCCUGAAAGCUGUUGGAAAUGUGAUAAAUAAUUUCAGCAGUAAGCCUGAACUUUAUACAGCCUUGAAGGAUUUGGAACUAACUCACUGUCCUCCUGGCCUCCAUAGUACUGGAAUGGCUAAAGAACACUUCAAGGUUUUUAACGGUGCAUUUUGGCAUUUGAUCAAAUAUGUAUUAGGCAAGAAGGCUCCUUACAGCUAUAAAUUUGCCUUCAGGUCCUUCACUUUGGAUUUUAAAGACACUGAGGUUUCUGAGGAUGACACUGUGUCUUCAG